AUGACCGAAGCCGCAGGCCUGGCUCUGGGUGUCGUUGCCCUUUGGAAGACAUGCGUAGAGGUGUUCGAGGUUGUCGACUCCGGACGCAGCUAUGGUAUAGACUACGAGCUUCUCCGUGUGAAGCUCGAAGUGGAGCGAAUCCGUCUGGUGACAUGGGGCGACACGAUAGGCCUGGAUAGAGAGAAUUCGACAACGCAACCUGAUACGCGACUCCAGCAGAGCCAUGUGAAUGAGACAGUGAUGCGACUCCUUGGGUGUAUCCAGCACAUUUUCGAUAACUCGGAGCGGCUGCAGAGUAAAUACGGGCUCCGGCCGUCGGAGGGCCAGACGCAGAAUGCUAGUAUCGAUGUCGGGGUUGGGCCUGGGAUCUUGGGUGCAGUAUUCAGGAGGCCGUAUGAGAAUCUGCGAAGGGCUGCAAGGGAUAGACAGAAAGACACAAAGUUGAUGAAGAAGGCGUUGUGGGCUAUUCAUGAUAGAUGCAAGUUUCAGACUAUGAUCAUGGAGAUCAAGGGGUUCAACGAUAAUCUGGAGAGCUUGUUUCCGGGAUCACGGCUUCAGGUUGCGGAGGCGUUGAGGAUAGAUGUGGAGAAUAGUGCUGCUGUUGAAGAACUUCAGCUAUUGCAGGAAGCGACGUCAGAAGACCAUGAAGUGCUGUCUGACGUUGCAUCGGCCAGGCUAGAGGCUUUGGGUGCCAGCACCGUGAGAUCAGAGUUACUCACUGAGAGAAGCACUUUAUAUUGCUCGGCAAAACAGAAAGGUGCCCUAUCCAUUAGUAUUCACGAUCCGCAAAGUUAUUCUUCCAAGGUAUCGGCGUAUGUUUAUUACGAGGGGCAAGGAGAGGAUCGCUGGUGGUCGCGAAAUGAAGACGGUUAUGUAGAGCCAAUACAUGCAUGCUUUGAGCUAUAUAAGAGAAAGAGGUUCCACGCCAAACGAAAGGAAAAAGAUUAUGACUUGGGCACUGAAGACGACAAUGUUUUGUUCAGCGUCGAAAGCAACUCGGAAUACGAAAACGUCAACCCAGGAACUGUCACAGUCAAAGGAUUCGCGCUUGAUGCAUGGGACUACGAAGAUACCAACUACCCUCGUGAGUCCACCGUGUUCACCAAUACCUCUGAUCCAGGAAACAUUACUGCUAAAAAGCUGCUACGCCGUAUCGACGAACUCCAGAAAGGCGCUGGUAAACUCGGCAUGCUUAAUUGCUCCGACAUUUUUGUGAAUUUUCUUGGCACAUCAAGCAUCUGCCUCGAAUGGAACAAUCCAAAGAAGAACGGUGGCGGUAUCUGGAAUUUACUCUGGCAAGUCAUCCUAGCCAAGGAGCUUGCGCGGCGACUAGAGAGUAAGACUGAUGGUGGUUGGACUUCAGGGUUCACCCCUCGAGUUCUUGCAUCCCUAAUCGUGAGCGACCUCUGGCUCAGAAAUGUAGAAAUAGUGCUCGGAGAAUCAAGAUUCAGAUUAGCAGACCUGAAGGGUGUAGAGAACGCAACAGAGAAAACCAAAGCCGAAGAUCUCAAGAAAAAAGGCAACGAUGUCUCCGCCGCCAUGCGAACUGGUCUAACCAACGCAAAAGCCCAACAAGAAGCUGAGCUCAGGAGAAUCGACGAAGAGAAAGACUUGAAGAAGCACGAAGGGCUGCGAAAAGCAUACGUUGAACAAGACUACGACACGUUGAUGAAGGGGGUUGAAAUGCACUCGCGCUGCCAUGAGCAACAGGUCGAAGGACUGCUGCUGUUUGCCGAGAAGAUGAAGUGGCCAUGGAUCAACGAGGUAAGGAAUUACGCAGAAGAAGCAUACAGUGACUUGCGAGGGGGGCAAACCCUUCCUGCAGACUUGCACGACUGGCUUUUUGGCAUGAUACUUCCGGGUCAAUGGUUUGCAUUCAAGAUCAUGACCGCAUUGAUCCUGUGCACACCAUCCAUCAAGGAAAAGACUGGUAUAGCCGCCUUCUUCGACUGCGGUCUCUCCCUCCCAAAGAAAUCAUACUGGAGAGUCCGCACAGUACUCGGUCGAGUUCUGGGCUGUCUCCCAGGCCUUAUCUCUCUCUGCGGGUGGAUUGGGCCUUCGCGGAACCUCAGUCUCGUAAAACACAUAUCCCGAGACCCCAGUGCGCCAAUCAUAGUUAGCAGCUCCGGCCGCGGCUACGACGACACACAGCCGAAAGAAGGCGAAAAAAUCGAGCCCUGGAUGGCCGACAUGCGCAACGCAAGCAACUGGAUCGUCCCUGAGCCCCCCGUCAAGCAAGUCAGCACUUGCGAAUUGAAGACCAUACAGCUUAAUCGCAACAACAUAGGCAUUGGCUCCAUCGACGACGAAGAAAAAGUCAUGUACCUUGCGCAACUCGUCUUCAAACGAGACGACAGCCCGGACCUACAAACAUACAAACUCUUCACCAACCCCGUCUUCGUGACACCUCCGCCCUGUCGUCCUGGUCCAAAGGGCGCCCAUGAAAUUCAUCUAAGGGAGCUACAUAGAUAUAGUGAGAAGAACAUUUGGACGAUCGAGCAGCUGAGGGAUCAUACGGCUGAGGAUACCGAGGAUAUCGAUGUCAUGGUGAUCAAUGCUACGGGAAAGGGAGCAGAGUUGUUGGCGAGAGCUUGGUGUUCGGAGAGGGGGAAGAAUGCGGUUAUACGGAGGGCGGGUGGGCCUUGUUAUGUUUGUGCUGUGCAGGCGGCUGGUCAGGGUGGUCUGCGGACCGGGGUGUUAAUUUGGGUUUCUUGA